ACGACAGCUUCCGGUUGUCUCGAAAACAAUGCAAACGAUGCAGGAUAAGCAAGCUGAACUGCGUGUCAAAUAGUUAAGCAAACGAGAUUGAUCGUGUAAAGCCCAUCGAUGAUAAUUCAACAAAGGUGUAUCUCACUCAUAACAGUCGCAUCAAUACAAGCCUCAACUUCCAGACAUCUCAUCCAUCCUACAACUAACAACUAGCACGGCCAUGGUCAGGGUGACUAGCAUAGUCUUGUGCCUUUCAACAACCCUUGGCGUCUCUACCAACAAUGAAUGGGCGGCAUCCUCAACCUCAAUCAGAACACGAUCAGUGCCUGUAGGCUUUAGUCCAGUCGCUGAAGUGAUAGUGGAAUUGGCGAAGAAACAUCAGCAUAACCACCUAGAGAAUUGUUUGAGCCGUAGAGAUCUGCGAUGUCUUCAUCAUCUUGUAAAAUCCAGAACUGUGCUGCUAAGUUCUAUACUUGUGGGUGAGAUUAUCUCGAUCACUCUUGUUGAGCAUACAUUUCUGCUUCUUUAUCAGGGAGAAAUGUACCAUGGGGUCGAAGACAAUGCAGGGGAUAGGGAGGACGGUGAGGAACUGAAGAGAGCAACAGAGGUGAGUAUAAUACAGCACUGGCGUAUGUUCAAUGACAUAGUCCGUGUAAAGACAUUAGUUUUGUAAGAUCAUGGAAUCGCAUGUGAAAGGCCAAGAUAUAGCUAAUCUAGAUCUUGCAGAGUGUCUGCAUUGCCUCCUUUGUGCUCUGCGACGUCUCCUUGACCACCUUGAUGAUCUCCUUGAACC